AAGAAAAGGGCCAUAAUCCUGAAUUCUUCACUUAAUCCUCCCACUUCACCUGGAGACCAGAGCCUAGAAGAGGAAAGAAAGCCCUGAGCCAGGUGUUAUGGCGGCCAAACCCAAGCUCUACUACUUCUGUGGCAGGGGCAGGAUGGAGUCGAUCCGCUGGCUGCUGGCUUCAGCUGGAGUUGAGUUUGAAGAAGAAUUUAUUGAAACAAGAGAACAAUACGAAAAGUUGCAGAAUGAUGGAUACCUGCUUUUUGGCCAAGUGCCUUUGGUUGAGAUUGAUGGAAUGGCACUGACACAGACCAGAGCCAUCCUCAGCUACCUUGCUGCCAAGUACAACUUGUAUGGAAAGGACCUGAAGGAGAGAGUCAGGAUUGACAUGUAUGUAGACGGAACCCUGGAUCUGAUGAUGGUGAUGGCACUGGCUGCAUUCAAACCCCCCGAGGAAAAAGAGGAGAACUUUGCUUUAACUGUGAAGAAAGCGAAAACCCGCUACUUCCCAGUGUUUGAAAAGAUUUUGAAAGACCAUGGAGAGGAUUUUCUUGUUGGCAACAAAUUCAGCUGGGCUGACAUACAACUGUUAGAAGCUAUUUUAAUGGUGGAAGAACUCAAUGCCUCUGUCCUUUGUGACUUCCCUCUGCUAAAGGCAUUUAAAACAAGAAUCAGCAACAUUCCUACCAUUAAGAAGUUCCUACAGCCUGGGAGUCAGAGGAAGCCAGCCCCGGAUAGCCACUACAUCGAGCUUGUUAGGCACAUUCUGCAGUUCUAGUGACAGCAGGUCCAUGACAGCUGAGCAGUGACCAAUCGAGUGUCAGCACGUGCCAUCUGUAGGGGACAACAGAAGCUAACUGUAGAUUCUAGCAGUUGAGGACCGAAAGUAAAAAAAAAUCACUCUGUCAUCAACAGCAAAUGGCAAUUAAAAGAAACAUAAAACCA